UUCCUGACAUACCCCCCCCAAAGAACUGUAAUUAUGUUAGCAAGGCUGCAGGAGCGUUAAACAGCUUUUUCCCAGUUCUUUUGCUUUUUGCUGCCCUUCUAUGCCUUCCUGUCCUGAUUAUAAAUGGUUCUUUUUAUUUUGUGUUUGUCAUGUGCAUGGUUCUUAGGAUAUUAGAGAAAACAUGCUGAAGACUAACUGUGAGGCAUGGCUAUUUUUAUUAGAAGCUGAUACUUUAGACUGAGCUUUAAGUAUUGCCUCUGGAAGGCCUGAGGUUGCUUGGGGAGGGCAGGAGUCUCCAGAGGAAAGAGAAAGUUCAGAGGGGCACAAAAGAAGAAGGAACAAAAUUAGAAAAAGCAGAGGACCUCCCUCGUGCUCAUUCUGAAGCUCCUGUAAAAUCCAGAAACCCAGAAGUAUUAUCUAAUCUGCCAGAGUACAUAUUGACCUUUUUAACAGAGUAAUUCUUACCAUCAUCAUCAUCAUGGCUGAGACUGCAGCAGAAGGACGUAUGUCUAUGACCACAACAAUAAUAGAUGGUAAGAACGGAUCUGUUCCCUCAUCAUCCAUGAAAGUGGGCAAGAAAUCGGUUACAGAAGACCUAGUGACAACAUUCAGCUCACCAGCAGCAUGGCUUCUUGUUGUCGCUCUGAUUGUUACCUGGUCAGCAGUAGCUAUUGUAAUGUUUGACUUGGUGGAUUACAAAGCCUUUGCAGCCACCUAUUCACAACAUUGCGAUGAUCCCUGUUUACCACCUGGAAGAUCUGUUAACAAGCUCAGCACAGAACCACUGAGAAUCAUUCAUGAGACACUGGAAGAAUCCACUGAUUGGCUUUAUGGCUUUAUUUCUUUAUUGUCUGACAUCAUAUGGAGUGAUGAUGAUGACACUGAUGAAGGUGAAGUGGAAUCUUCCCUGAAAAAAGAAAUCCAUAAAGCGAAACCAGAGAGACAUGAAAAACGAACUCCAAAAGUAAUUCACAGAGACAAACCUGAAAAACAAGAAAAAAUUGAAAAGAAGGAACCCAUAAAAGUGACACAUAAAGACAAAACGGAACGGCAAGAAAAACCUGAAAAAAAGGAGAAGCAUACAGCUAUUCACAAAGAGAAAUCUGAAAAGCCAGAAAAACACGAAAAGAAAGCACCUCCUAAAGUAAUUCAAAAAGACAAACCUGAAAGACAUGAAAAAGCUGAAAAGAAAACUCCUCCCAAAGAGGAGAAGAAAGUAAAGAGCACCAAAGUGGAAGCAAAAGUUAAAAAGGAAGUGAAGGAUGGAAAAGGAGAAGCAAAGAUGCCUGAGAAGGUCAAGCAGACAGAAACUAAAACAACAGAAGUUGGGUUAAUAAAGGCCAAACCGAAAGUUAAGGAGGAGAAAGCACUUCAGACUGUAACUAAAUCGGAAAAGAAAGAUCAAUAUGCAUUCUGUCGCUAUGUGAUUGACAUGUUUGCGCAAGGGGAUUUUUAUCCAGGACAUAAGGGAAUGGUAUCACCUCGUCUUCUUCUAGAACAUAGUCCAAGAAAGAAAACAGCAGCUAUUGAAGAAGAGAAGUCUAUUGUGGUAGCUAAGGAAGUGAAAAUUGAACUUCUCUUUCCUUCUUUAGAAAGAAAGGAUGAAAAGAAAAGGACUGAUAUAAAGAGGUCUGUUACUGAAACUAAGAAGAAAGGUAUGGUUUGGGAACAUUUCUUGUUGGUCUUAUUCCAAUUUUUGGCUCAAAGACUAUUGUUGUUUGGCUGGUUGGUUUUGGCUGGUUUUGGUUGUUGGUUUUUAGUCCCAUGCUUCUGUCUCUAUAUUGUCCUCUUAGUUCCUUAAUCAUAAUUUGCAUGU